CCACCAGGGAAGGGUCUUCAAUGGAACAGCCAGCGAAAGGUGUCAGGACUUCUAGUCUACGAUCCAGUGGGCCAGUGGCCUUUUUAUAACGAGAGCAGAAUGAAUGGAGGUUUAUCCACAGACCACAAUGACUUUUACUGCACAACAGGGGUUUGCCGUCGACAAAGGAAAUACAAUAUCAAAAAAUAUAUAUUUGGAUCGCUGGCCAGAAGAUACUGCGCAGAACCCUCAGACUCCCAGGCAUCUGCUAGAGGACCCGAGAAUAAACAAUAAAUAUACCACCCAGGAAGGGAUGGCCGAACCGCGCUUUAACAAUCCGUAUUUUUGGCCUCCACCUCCCACCAUGCCCUCCCAGUUGGAUAACUUGGUGCUGAUCAAUAAAAUCAAGGAACAACUGAUGGCGGAGAAGAUUCGACCUCCUCAUUUGCCACCCUCGUCCGUCCCUUCUCAGCAGCCGCUCCUGAUCCCUCCGUCGCCUGCGGAAAGUAGCCAGUCUGUCAUGUCCCUGCAAAAGCUCCAGCAAGUUCCAGGUCUGCAUCCCCAAGCUGUCCCACAGCCUGACGUGGCAUUGCACGCUCGGCCAGCCACCAGCACAGUCACUGGUAAUUUACACUAUGGACACAGCAAGUGGGGGAACAAAGAUACUUAUGUAGCCGGCUUCUCUUCUUACUUUUCAGGGCUGGGUCUGUCCUCCCGCACUAAUGUAAGCACCUCAGAAUCUAGCACCGGUACCACUAGUGCUACUCCCUCUACUCCCACCUCCAACAGCCAGACCCGGCUCAUUGCCACCUCACCCACCCUCAUCUCAGGGAUCACAAGCUCCCCCACGCUGGACUCCAUCAAGACCAUUCAGGGCCAUGGUCUGCUGGGUCCUACAAAGCCUGAGAGGGGGCGCAAGAAGAUUAAGGCAGAGAACCCACCUGGACCUCCGGUGCUGGUUGUCCCGUACCCUAUACUGGCCUCAGGAGAUAUUGGCAAAGAAGGAAAAACCUACAGAUGUAAGGUUUGCCCUUUGACCUUCUUUACAAAAUCCGAGAUGCAGAUCCAUUCAAAGUCCCACACGGAGGCCAAACCUCACAAGUGCCCACAUUGUUCGAAAUCCUUCGCCAAUGCUUCCUACCUUGCGCAGCAUUUGCGUAUACACCUCGGCGUUAAGCCCUAUCACUGCUCCUACUGUGAGAAAUCCUUCCGCCAGCUUUCACACCUCCAGCAACAUACCAGAAUUCAUACCGGUGACCGGCCCUAUAAGUGUCCGCAGCCAGGCUGUGAAAAAGCAUUCACGCAACUCUCCAAUCUGCAGUCUCACCAGCGGCAGCACAAUAAGGAUAAACCAUACAAAUGUCCCAACUGCUACCGAGCGUACUCAGACUCCGCUUCCCUGCAGAUACACCUCUCUGCACAUGCUGUCAAGCACGCCAAGGCUUACUGCUGCAGUAUGUGUGGCAGAGCAUACACAUCCGAGACCUAUUUGAUGAAGCACAUGUCCAAGCAUACGGUUGUUGAGCACCUGGUGAACCAUCAUUCUCCUCAGAGGACCGAGUCUCCAGGAAUUCCUGUUCGGAUCUCCCUCAUCUAGAGAGAGACCAUGAAUGCUGGGCACUGGAGGCUACUCUCUCCUCCAUCACCUUACCCCCCCCCAAUUUCUGGAUCCAAGGAGCAGUGCCUGCCCUCUCGCUGCCAACUGGGAAUCUGAUCACUUGAUGGAGAAAAAGAUCAAGGAGUAGCAACCGAUCCCACCUUUUUCACCAGACAGACUGCUUACCUUCUGGGCAAUGGAGUCAUUUGGAUGCUCCACCAAAUGCAUCUGUUGGACAAAUUCUGGCACACCUGGGUACAGAAGCGUUUCCUUGUUUUGUUUUUAAAGACUAAGUAACAGGUGAUUUGAACACGUCUGGAUGGCCACGUUUUGCAAAUCCACUUCAAUUAAUGGAUUUUUACCUCUGGAUUUACUCAUUAUUCUGUUUCGAUGGGUUAUAGACAUUUUAAUUUGUGACACCGAACGAAGCUUCUGAUUGGCUACCUGCUGGCGUGAGUCAGUUUGUGACUUGCAUCUUUUUGCCAGACACAGUUUGGUGACUUACGUAGUCCCCAGCAUAUAGCACUUUGAAUCUCUCACAUUUUAUAUCUGUUUGUUUCCCUCAUUUUUUUUAUCCUCCAUUUUCUUUUUAACAUACAAGAAAACAAUAAAAAAAAAUCCUAUUUAUUGGCCAAGAUAUUGGUGCUGCUAAUUGGGGGAAAUUAACAAACAAGAGAAAAGAGAACUUCUAAAUGGAUUGGGGGUAACAGACUUUUCCCUCUGGCCUCCAAAUAGGUGGAAAUUUGUAGCUGGAGCCCCUCCUCCUACCCCUGAUUCAGUGCCCUCCAUGUGCUAUCAGAGCGGGUUUCUCUGCUGAUGGAAAAGAAUAAAGAAAUCAGACUGGUUUGAGACCACAGACCACGCCAGGCACAUUUUUACUAUUGACCUGUCGUGGUGCCAGGACAUGUGUUUCUCUAACAGAUCCUGUGCGUUGUGCUCACGUUGGCGAAUGCAAACCGGUCGCCUUUAGGAUUUUGACCAAAUUAACGGAGCAGUCUGUGCUGACGUGUUUUGCCUGUUCAGCGUCAGGGAGACUGGCGUGCUCCGUUUUAUUUUUCUAAAUUUAGGCAUAUGAUUACAAUUGUUGGUAUUGCAAUAAGGCACUUAAAUCAGUAGUACAUGUUUGUGGACAAGGAGUUUGAGAGCUUGGUUGUAUAUAGAGAUGCUAGAGUGUAGCCCCUUCUGUCCCUUAAACUGUUUAAAACAAAUGCUUUGGUCCCGGACACUCACAUGCAAAGCAAUGGUUGGUUUUAUAAUAGCGAAGCAUAGGUCCCUCCCAUGUCGGACAUCAAGACCCCCCCUCCC